AUGGUUGCUUCGAAUAAGCAAGGCUUAGCGCCUAGUCAGCCAACUGGCUCUGGACUUGACGAAGCCAAUGAUCAUGUAAAUGAAACCACGGCCCUCUUAGGCCCUAAAACAGCCACCCAAGAUGUCGAUGAAGACGAGAGCGACGAUGAAAAACCUCUUCCAAAGCUCCAGAUUCUACUGCUUUGCUACGCCCGAGCGAUCGAGCCUCUGGCCUUUUUCUCCAUCUUCCCCUACGUAAGCCAGAUGGUCCAGGAUAACGGAAAUGUCAUCGACUCGGAUAUUGGAUUCUACAGUGGACUCAUUGAGUCAUUAUUCUCUCUCACGCAGGCUCUUGUGAUGAUAUAUUGGGGUCGCGCUGCCGAUCGCAUCGGGCGGAAGCCAGUCCUUGUCUACUCCUUGGUCGGCGUGACUUUGGCGACUGGCCUUUUCGGAAUGGCAAAGACCAUCCCACAGAUGAUCAUAUUCAGGUGCAUUGCUGGUGUAUUUGCCGGGACUAUCGUUACUAUUCGCACAAUGGUGGCUGAACACAGCACGCCUAAGACCCAAGCACGGGCCUUCAGUUGGUUCGCUUUCAGUGGCAAUUUGGGUCUCUUCUUCGGACCUCUGAUGGGCGGUGCUCUUGCCAACCCGGCAAGCCAAUAUCCAAGUCUUUUCGGGGGCAUCGCUUUCUUCGAAAAGUACCCCUAUGCACUCUCGAGUCUGGUGGUUGCAACGGUGGGGGCCACUGCCGCCUUGUCUACUGCCUUUUUCGUCGAGGAAACACUGAAGAAGCAGCCAACUGCAGACGGCGAUGGUGAAGGAGCUGACACUCCAAAGCCACGUGAUGAUCUCUCCACUUGGGACCUUUUGAAGUCACCAGGUGUGAGUAUGGUCAUCUACACGUAUGGUCACCUCAUGGUGCUCGCCUUUGCUUACACUGCGAUCAUUCCCGUGUUUUGGUUCACACCGGUCCGUCUCGGUGGAUACGGCUUCACGCCCUUGCAGAUUUCAUUGAUGAUGGGCCUGAACGGCGCCGCACAAGCGAUAUGGCUGCUUCUGGUCUUCCCUCCGCUACAGCGGAAGAUCGGUACGAAUGGUGUAAUCCGUUUAUGCGCUUCUGCUUACCCGGCAUUCUUCAUGCUGUGCCCGAUUGGCAAUGUUCUCCUCCGACGUGGGACAGAAGCUGCUAUUAAUGCCUUUUGGGUCUUUGUUCCAUUGACGCUGGCCAUUGGCUGUGGAGUCAGCAUGAGUUUCACGGCCAUUCAGCUCGCUUUGAAUGAUAUUGCCCCUUCGCCAAGAGUCCUCGGUACACUGAACGCGCUGGCUUUGACAGGUAUAAGUGGAUUGAGGGCCUUCAACCCUGCCCUCUUCACUACUCUCUUCGCGAUCGGGGCGAGGACACAGCUGGCGGGAGGCUAUGCUAUUUGGAUACUUCUAGUUCUACUCUCUUCCAGCUUAUCCUUUGCAGUCAGGUACCUCCCAGCACCCAAGGAGGCUCGCAAACGCAGCAGCCAAAACGCGUAG